UUCUUUUUUUCAUUUUAAAUUUACAAAGCGCACACACAAAAAAAAAAAUACUCAAAUCACUACCAUGCCGCCACCACCAUCGUCGUCGUCGUCGUCGUCGUCAUCAUCAACGGCGACAUCCUUCCGUUCUUUCUCAAACCGUUGCCACAGCCAUGAGGAGUCCUCGUCGUCUUCUUCGUCAUCAUCAUCACUCAACCCCCACCGCAACAACCGCCACCGUAGUGUCCGAUCAUCCUCCGCCAUCGAAUCAAUCUCUCGAUUACCAUCAAUAAGAGAAACCCAAUUUUUAUUAUCCCUUCAAAAUAAAGAAAUCUCAGGCAUUUUACAGAAGUGGGUGAAUUAUGGUAAAGGUUGGCGUCCUCGUUUUUUCCUUCUCGAUGAUGGGGUCUUAUCUUACUACAAAACCAAUGGUCGUCACCACCACCACCACCGUAAGAAAAAUACUCCCCCUGGAGAAGAUAUUUCACGUUGGAUCUCUCGCCUUGGAAAUCCCAUUGGGGAAAUUCAUCUCAAGGUUUCUUCUAUCAAGGAGAGUAGAUCGGAUGACAAGAGGUUUUCGAUAUUUACGGGGACAAAAACGUUGCAUUUGAGGGCGGGGAGCAGGGAGGAGAGAGUGGAAUGGAUGGAGGCCUUGCAGGCGGUGAAGGAUUUGUAUCCGCGGGUACCAAAUAGUGGUGAGCUGACGGGAAAUGGGGGGCUGGUGGUGGUUUCGACGAAAAGGUUGAGGCAAAGAUUGAUGGAUGAAGGAUUGAGUGAAGAGGCUAUAAAAGAAAGUGAACAAAUAAUGAGGGAUGAAUUUUCACUUCUUCAUAACCACCUUGUGGUCCUCAAGCAGAAACAGGCUCUGCUUGUCGACACAUUGCGCCAAUUAGAGUCGGAGAAAGUAGAUUUGGAGGACACGGUUGUUGAUGAAAGCCAAAGGCAGCAUGAAAAUAUGUCUGGAUUAAGGCAACAGAAAUCCGCCGAGGGAAGUGCAAGUGGCUCCGAUGAUGAUCAUGACAGACAUGAUGCUGCAGAGGAGGAAACAGAUGAUGAAGAUGAUGAUGAUGAAUUCCUUGAUACUCAAGAUUUUCUUUCAUCAAGUUCGUUUAAAAGUGCUGAAUCUGAAUUUCAGAAAACACCAUAUGAUUCUGAUGAAGACGAAGGGCCGCUUGAUAUUGAAGAUGGCAUGGAUUCCUGUAUCAAAUUUGUUGGAUCUAACUACCCUUGUGUUAUGAGGCGAAAGAAACUGCCUGACCCAGUUGAGAAGGAGAAGGGGGUCAGUCUUUGGUCAAUGAUUAAAGAUAAUAUCGGGAAGGAUCUUACUAGAGUUUGUCUUCCAGUUUAUUUCAAUGAGCCCAUCUCUUCUUUACAGAAAUGUUUUGAGGAUUUGGAAUACUCGUUCCUUCUAGAUCGAGCCUAUGAAUUUGGUAAAAUGGGUAAUAGCCUUAUGAGAGCACUCAAUGUGGCAGCGUUUGCAGUAUCAGGAUAUGCCUCUACUGAUGGAAGACAUUGCAAGCCAUUCAAUCCACUACUAGGGGAAACAUACGAGGCUGAUUAUCCUGAUAAAGGCAUUCGCUUUAUCUCUGAGAAGGUUAGUCAUCACCCAAUGGUUGUUGCCUGCCAUUGUGAGGGUCGAGGCUGGAAAUUUUGGGGUGAAAGUGAUUUAAAAAGUAAAUUUUGGGGUCGUUCAAUUCAACUUGAUCCUGUUGGCACCUUAACACUAGAGUUUGAUGAUGGAGAAAUUUUCCAGUGGAGUAAGGUGACAACAUCCAUUUACAACCUUAUUUUAGGGAAAUUAUACUGUGAUCAUUAUGGUACAAUGAAGAUACAGGGGAAUCAGAAAUACUCCUGCAAGCUAAAAUUCAAAGAGCAGUCACUCAUUGACAGGAAUCCCCACCAGGUACUAGGUGGUGUUCAAGAUAAGAAUGGUAAAACAGUGGCAAGUUUAUUUGGCAAAUGGGAUGAUAGCAUGCACUAUAAAAUUAAUGGUGAUUCAAGGAAUGCAAACGGAUCAGAGCCCCAUUUGCUCUGGAAGCGGAGCAAACCAUCAAAGCAUCUGACCAGAUAUAAUCUAACACGCUUUGCUAUAACUCUGAAUGAGCUCACACCGGAGCUUAAGGAGAAACUGCCAUCAACAGACUCCAGGCUGAGACCUGAUCAGAGAUGCUUGGAAAAUGGAGAGUAUACAAAGGCCAAUGAAGAGAAGUUACGACUAGAGCAGCGGCAACGACAGGCACGGAAGAUGCAAGAGAGAGGCUGGAAGCCUCGGUGGUUUGUGAAGGAGAAAGGUGGUGAAACUUAUAGCUAUGUUGGUGGUUACUGGGAUGCCAAGGAAAGGGGCAACUGGGAAUCAUGUCCUGAUAUCUUUGGCCAAGUAUCCCCUGAUCAAAAUUUUGACUAGCAGCAUAAUCUGCACCUUUCUUUUCUUUUGAUUUACACCAUUCUUUAUUUCCUCUUUCCUGAAUAUAUUCAAAGAGAAAAAUAAAUUUGUUUCAAAGGAAAAAAGAAAAAAAAAAUUGUUUCCAGAAGUACUGCAAGGAUCAACUGACGUUUACAGUAUACAACAACAAUGUAAUGAUGGUUCUGCAUACCCUAGAAAUACAUCUAGUUCUUGUCUGAGUCUGGAUCGAAAUAUUUAGCUCAUCUAGGAUGAGAGUUUAAUUUUUAUAUUAUCGUUUUGGAUUUUAAUGUCGA